UAAACCCUAAAAUUCCAUAAAAAUAAAACCUUUCUCACUUUCACUUGCUCUGCCCUUUUAACUCAUAUCGAGAAGUUGAACCAUGAGGCCACCCAGAGGAGGAGGUUUUAGAGGCCGUGGCGGUGGCGGUUUCAGGGGUGGCAGAGACGGCGGUGGCCGUGGUCGUGGUGGUGGUGGUCGUGGCGGUGGGUUUCGUGAUGAGGGGCCUCCUUCUGAAGUCAUAGAGGUUUCUACAUUUCUUCACGCAUGUGAGGGUGAUGCAGUGACAAAGCUCACAAAUGAGAAAAUACCAUACUUUAAUGCUCCAAUCUUUCUAGAAAACAAGACCCAGAUAGGAAAAGUAGAUGAAAUCUUUGGUCCCAUCAAUGAAUCUUAUUUUUCUGUCAAAAUGAUGGAAGGCAUUGUGGCAACUUCAUAUAAACCAGGGGACAAAUUCUACAUUGAUCCAUAUAAGCUUUUACCUCUUGAAAGAUUUCUUCCACAACCAAAGGGACAGGCACAAGCUGGAGGCAGAGGCGGUGGCCGUGGAGGAGGCAGAGGUGGUGGUAGAGGAGGCGGUAGCUUUCGUGGAGGCGGUGGCUUUCGUGGAAGGGGUGGUCCAAGAGGUGGCAGAGGACCUCCUAGAGGUGGUCGUGGUGGUGGCUUUAGGGGCAGAGGGAGGUCAUAGAAGAACUUUAUGUAAUAUUAAUGAUGUUUUCUUUUCCCUUGUCAUUUUAAGGUGCCAUGAACAAUCGCUAUUUGGAUACUAAUCUGAAUGUUACUUUUGUUGUUAAUGGAGUAUUUUUUGUUGCGCA